AUGGCCCCCAAAGAAAUCGAAGCCAAGAAACGGCGCACCCGCAGCGAUUACGUCUUCCACCAAGUAUACCGAACAAGAUGGUUUGAUAACGAUAUGUACGCGCAUCUUAACAACACCGUCUAUGCAAUGCUCUUCGACUCCAUCGUUAACAGCUGGCUUAUCGCCGAAUGUGGCAUGGACCCCUUCUCCAUCAACAAUAAGGGCUCGGAUUCGUCAGCAAAGGCCGAGACCAACUCAGCGUCUCAGGUGGGUAUCAUGGUCAACUCGUACUGCGAUUACUUUGCCUCGGUUGCUUUUCCCGAUGUGCUGGACCUCGGACUUCGGGUUGCCAAACUCGGUUCGUCGAGCGUUACCUAUGAAGUUGGGGUGUUUAAGCAGGGGGAGGAGGAGGUGAAGGUUGUUGGGGGGUAUACGCAUGUUUUUGUGGCGAGGGAGACGAUGAGGCCGACUAAGGCGGGGAUGGAGGAGAGGGUGAGGAAGGGAUUGGAGAAGUUGGUUAAGGGGGGUGGGAAGGAAGGGGCGAAAUUGUAG